AAAUAUAUGUAUAUAGAUACAUAUACAUAUAUAAGUAUCUCGUUCACUACGAAUUGGAAUUGCAGGCAUGUGAGAAGUUUCUGGUUCUGAUUUCAGUUUUGUAUACAAAGUUUUAUUUAAAAGUUAAACGUAUUUAAUAAAUAGCGUAUCUUCUAAUAAAAAUCCAAAAUAUGAAUGUUAUUGCAAGAACGAGUUUAAUCGUACUAAAUUGUACUAAAACAAUGAUUUUGAGGUUACAUAAUAAAUCAUACUUUACAAAUACGACUAAUUACACAUGGACUUUAAAACCAUAUUCAAGAUUUAUAGAAAAAUAUAAAUGCUUCGUUCUAUGCCAGAGAUAUAAAGCAGUUGCAGUCAAUAAAAAUUGCCAAGAUGAUCCUAUAAAAGAAAAUAUUGACAUACCUGAACAUAAAAUCAUGCAUUUAAUACUUCAAGAUUCCACAUAUUAUGAUAGGACUAUUUUUCCACGCAUUAAAUCAAAUGCAAUAGUUACUUCUGAGGACAUAGAAGAUCUUUAUAAUGUAGAUUGGUCACAUGAAUCUCCAGGGAAUAUUUCUAAUGCUGUUAAGAAAUUGGCAUAUUCUUAUUUAAGUGGCACAUGUUUGGAUAUAUCACUUCAUGACAAGAUUUUAGAAGCCUGUAUUGAACACCUCCCAGUAAUGCAGGAUAAACAAAUAAAACUUUUAAUGCAAUGUUUAAUUACGUUAAAUGAUAUAGUAACAGUAUUACCUGUUUAUAAAAAACUGAUGAAAGCAUUAGAUACAGAAUGUAUGAAACGAUUUUAUAGUUCAAAUAUUGAGCAAUUGUUAUUAAUGAUUGAUGCAUUUUAUCAGCUUAAUGUUACAAAUAUUGACUUUACGUGGCGUGCAAUGAGAAAAUUGGUUUCAAAACCGUAUAAACUUUCUGGAAAAGAAUUAGUUCAACUGUUCUUUUUUCUACCUUUCAUUGAUACAAGAUCAUUUAUAAAUAUGUUUGAAAUCGAAUAUCGGUUAGAAGAAUGCAUGCAUGAACUUGUUGCAGACGAAAUAGGUAUAAUCGCAAGAGGUUUUUUUUUAAAUAAAAGGAAUAUUUGCAACAAAACCUUAUUACCAGUAAUGAUGGAUAAAGUUAAGCAAGAUGCUACUACCGUGAACAGUGUUACUUUAGCAGCAUUUAUGAAACUUGUUAGAUUUAGUAACAAUUUACAUUGUUUAAAAAUCUUCCAAGUAUUAUUGAAAUCUUUACAUGGCGAGAUACCACGACUAUCAUUAAAAUGUCUAACCCAUAUAACACAUGCAUUUGGAUCUUUUCGUAUAUAUGAUGAAAUUUUAACAAAUUCCAUUAUUCAAAGAUUAGAAAAUGAAAUGGAAACUGCAAGAGUAAAAGAUAUUGAAAGAAUUAUUUAUGGCAUAUGUACAGUUACUCCUGUUACAGAUUACUAUAGAAAUGUAUGCCACAAAUUAUUGAACGAAAUAAUGUUAACUUAUAAGACUACCAGAGCAAGUGAAAUUAAUAGCUUUCCAAUAUCGUUAGUACGUAUUCUGACAUUCUUAACAAUUAAAAAUAUAUAUGCACCAGAAUUACUUCAACACGUAUUUGACCCAACAUUUAUAACAAAUACAUACAAAAAUAAUCUCAAAUUGUUGACAAAUGAAUGGCUGAUAUUACACUGCUCAGUAAAAAUAGAAUUGCCUUAUUACAAAGGCCCAUUACUGACAAAUAAUAUGUAUGAAUAUUUAAUAAAGAAAUUUAAUAAAUAUGAUGAUGAUAUCUACAGAAAGGACACCAAUGUGAAAUUAAGGAUGGAAAUUGUAUAUAUCUGUAAGACAAGAUUAGGAAUAGAUGUACAUGUUGAUUAUAUUUUGCCUCAGUAUUCAACUAGAGAUAUUGUCAUUGGUAUGGAUACAUGUAACAAUCCUAUUAAAAUUGAUUCUAUUUUAUCGGCAAUGCCGACAAACUCGAUCAAAAGUGUAAAUAAUGAUGAAUUAAAAAGAAUAAAAUGGAAAGUUAUAGUUCCAAUAAUGGUUUUAAUAAAAAUAUCAGGUCAUGAUGGUUAUGUUGGAUACAUCCAGAGAAAAUGUAGACAACUUGAAAUUAUAGGAUACACACCGAUUAUAGUUUAUGAGGAUCAGUGGAAUUGUCUUGAUGAAGAAAGUAAAGAGAAAUAUUUAAAACAAUUAAUUUAUCAAGAUAUUAAAUCUAAUUCAUUUAAAUGAAAUAAUUGUUUUGAUAUGAGAAAAGGUUUCCUUAAAAAGUAAAUUCUGAAAACUUGAUGAACUUUUUGAGUCUC